AUGGCUGAUUUUCCAGGCAUAGUUCCAAAUGUUAAAGGCCGUAGAGGACCAACUGGGAUUAUUGCUACGAACCUCUACUAUGCUAAAGAAACUGUAAGUGGUUGUUUGCAGUUCCACAUAAUAUCUGUUGCAAGCAUCUCUGAAGACCUUGAGAAAGGCGUGUUAACAUCCACCUCUACAUCGUCAAAGCCAGGCAGAGAGGGACUCCUCCAAUUAUUAGAUAGUAGGAAUGUGAGAGUUGUUCCCUUUAGUGAUUGGGAAAAGAUCGAUACUGAAGAGAAGAGGCUUGGAAGAUUGAGAAACAAGCAAAGAGAAAAACUUACGACGUGCGAGGAGCUACAAGAAGUUGCCAUGAAAUGA